AUGGCUAGUGAUCCAACAGAUGAUAAAGGUUUGAUCUUCAAAACGAUAAGAGACAGAAACUUGGAGCUUAACAACUCAGUCAUAAUUUUUACGUUUGGAAUUGACACGCCUAACCCUGAAAUCCUUACAGACAUUGCCAAUCAAAAUACAACAAGGUAUGGCUAUCCUCGAAAUGUGUCCUUUGGAGAUAUAACGGUAAAGUACAUGUAGACCAGUUAUUUACGUUUCAGAUUUGCAAAGGUAAUUCGCUUCCGGAGGUACUGAGCUUCUUUGUCAAAUCUCAGACGUAGUGUGUAUAAUAUAACGACGUUUCUGGGUUUUAACGCAGCGGUUACGAAAUUUUGUUCAGCAUUCGCCACAUAAGAAACGAGAAGAAAACAGACCGAUUUAAUUGUGCAUAGAUUUUUGGGAUUGCUACAAGAAAAUAGGCUAUUUCCAAGUUCCCCCGGGCCUCUGUAUCAAAACAAGGUCAAGUGCUCAGCCUUUGAUAUGGAAAUUAUUUUUCAUUCUCAUGCAAAUAAAACUCAUUUUCACAAGAAAGGUUGUGCACUUGGCCUCAUUUUGAAAGUGAGGGUUUUUGGAACUCGGAAGUGGCUAUUGGCUUAUUGCGUCCUUAUUAACGAUCCCAGAAACAAUUGCAGGGCUCUUUUUAGCUCAAGUUUCCUUCUCAUUUGUAAAGUGGCAAAUUAACAUGCAUGAACAGCUACGUUUUGGAGAAAAAAAUCACUUUCUGCCAUAGGGCGACAGAAACCUGUCGUCAUAAGCCUAGCGUCUUAUCCAGAAGGUAAGGGGUUUCUCGUCAAGGUUUGAAGGCGGUAAAGCGCUCAAUAGCAUAGUUUAUUUUUACACUUGUCACGUUCGCGAUUGUGCGUCUUAAGAUGGUUCAGUUGAAUAUAUAGCUAUACUUUUGAUUUCAAUUAAGCUUUCCUCAAAGAGUUUUCUAAUACUUAAUUAGUUGCCGUUGUAGUGUGGAAGAUUUUCAAUCUAUAAGGGCCUGUUUACAUGGAGGUGAAUGAAGAACGUGAAUGAAGAUGAAAUGGUGACGAUCUUUGCUUGUUUGCUUUACACCUUUUUGCACUUUGGUGACUCCUCUGUUUUAAACAAACAGGGGUGAAUCUGGAUCAACAACUUUGGUAGCCACACGGUAUUUAUCUCGAGAAGGUGACAUCGAAGACGGAGUGCUGGUAAAGCAGCUUAAUUCAUCUUAUUUUUGGUCUCCAGUGGAAAAGACGGAUUUUUCCAUCGGUGUGGUUAUACCUGUUACCCAUGAAAACGAGGUGUUAAACACUUCACAAAUUCCCAAAGGUAAGGAUGGUUUCAGUUUAACAAGCGAGUUAACAAGUUAAACAAGUUUAAGUCAUCAUCGUCCUUCAAUUCCCUAAUUGUCGCCUAAGGAGAGGCCAGAUGUAAGUUAAUCGCUAGUUGUGAUGGGGUGGUGGUGGUAGUGGUGGUGGUGGUGGUGUGGGGGGGGGGGGUUUGACGCUUGGUGCUAAUGGUUCAUUGUCAUAAACUUAUUUUUGCCUCCAUUGAUUUAGAUUAUUCUUUCAAGUAUCAUCGAAUAGACUUGGAUCCACCUCAACAUCCUUGCUUGCAUUUUGGAAAGACUGUAACUAGCGGUGAGUACUGUUAUAUAGCUUGUAAGUAGGGAGUUUGAAUCAACAUUUCCUUUAUACCUUGUACCUUCUUUGAUCCGUGAGCACCCUGCCAGCAGAGCCUCCUUUUGUCUUCUUGAGUGAGGAGGAGAAAAUGAGGCUCUGCCUGAAUCGCGUGAAGCCUUUGAUUGAAGCAGCUGCAGCCUGAACUUCUGGGCCACUCAGUCUUGAUUUUCCCUCGUCAAACCGGUUUUUGGCUGAGAGCAUUCGUUUAGGAACAAAAUCGACUGUUUUAACUGAGCUUAUUGUAUCAAGCGGACGGCUAUUAGGCCUGGGUUUGAAACUGUAUCCCAGCAACGAGCAACUCAUGAUCAAUAAAGAUUAAAGCAGACUCUCCCUCGAGUUCGCCAAAAUCGAGCAAGAGAGCUAGGGAACAUGAAAGAAAGGCUCUGCUGGAAGAGUGAUCCGUUAGCUAACGCGUCGUUGGAUCAUGAAUUUAUGUAGCUUAAAUGUCUGUCUUUUUUAUAAAGAGGCUAUGAUCAUAGGAAUGAUAGAAAAAAAUAGUGAUCCAUCUUUAUUUAUUAGCAUUGAUAGUUAAAAAGUGCAUCAUCAUUAUCAUUUUUAUCAUUUUUUUUAUCUUUGCCACGACAAACGGAAAUCGUUAAUUUAUACGUCACCAUCAUCUCCUUUUACAUUUUAUCUGCACAAAAAAUAAGUAUUUUCUGGUCAGUUUCAUCCAUAAGAGUUGUUUUAAUCUGCUCAUUUUCUGGGUUGUGAAAUUGUCAACCUUUGCGCUAUUAAAACAGCUGAGGAAAUAUUUAAUAAUGAUAAAAAUAAUAAUAAUAAUGGUAAUAAUAAUAAUAAUUAUUAUUAUUAUAUUUAUUUAUUUAUUUUACAAUAACAGGAGCUCCUGACAAUAACUGAGAUACUUCUCCCGCGCUGAUUGGUCGAGACCUAAUCAGUCGAUUAGAGUAUAGACCGGCCAUGGAAAUGACAUGAUGGUGGCGCAAUUUCAUUUUUGAGUGCGAUAUUUUCAGAGAUGAAACUUAGCUUCAGCUAAAGUGGACGUCAAAACCUGUCAAUGUGAAGAAACAAAUUGACAAUUUUUAUGGUCCAUACUCUUAUCGACCAUAGAAAUGACGUCAUAGAGUUCAAAACAUAUCUGCAGUGAAACCACCCGACUGCGGCUUGUGGGAUCACUGGAGUUUAGCUAUUCGACGUCAUUACUGCGGUUAAUAAACCGGAUCUUCUAAUGCACUGAACCUAAUCCUUCAAUUAAGUACACGAAAAGAUCACGACGAUUGAGUCAAUUUAAGUCAGUUCGAGUGGCCCACAUGAGAAUUUCGGCCGAGGAGCGAUUUCGUUUCAAACGUCGAACUUUUCAAGUGCCGAACCUAAUGCAUAAAUUACUAUCAUUUAUCUUCACUGAUAAACAUAUACAGCGUGAAAAUGAAUCAACCUUGGAACGUUUUUAUCAUUUGGGUCGACCCAAAUAGCUAUUAAGUUCGGUACAUAUAACGUUCGACGUUUGAACUUCAAUAGUACAGACCAUGGGAAAUUAAAAAAAUUAAACGAGACUUACUUGGAAGUUGGCGUUUGAUUGUAAUUCCACCAAUCCAUUGAGUCAGAAGGGGAUUACGUGAGAUUGCGCGACCUGCCAGCUCAGCUCAAUGCGUUCUUGCUCAGCAAAGCGAUCGCAGGUUUCAUUUGACUUUCUCUGCAUGCGUUAGAAAUUUGGAAGAGUACCACACCAACGGACGCUACACCGUAAGAGAGGAACAAAGUUUUGGAGGUUUUUAAGUCACACGUGGUCUGUAUUGGUCAAAUCACUAGAACCACGAGCGACGUUAUAGUACAUAUAGAUUUAGGAGACUUGGCGGGAAAUCCUGAAGUCUUGUCUCUAGGGCCAGAAAUUGGAAGCAAAAAAGGGAAAAUUUCCAAUCGUGAAAGGGAAUGACUCCCACCAAAAAGUGACAAAGCCCAGGGGCAGGAAAGUGACUGAAACUCCUAAAGGCGAAAGAAAGCCAAGGAGAAGCAUGGUGAACAGAAUACGACAAGCGAAUUAUUAUUUCGUCGUCGUCAGCAAGGAUUGACUCACCGCAGCCCACUAUACAUGACACAUUGCAGGUGAUAAUGCAAGCUGGUGUCGUUCACCUUGCGAAUAUCUGACAAGAAGAGAAAGCUCGAAAGAGUAUAAAAAGGCCAGCACUCUCAGAACAGCUGACAGGUCGCGCAAUCUCACGUGAUCCCCGAGUGACGUAAUGGUGAGGUAGAAUUAUUGUCGAUUUGUUAAAUUGUUCCCUUCAUUUUGUUCACGUAGAUACAACCGUUGUAAAAUUUGCCCCAAUGGCAUUUAUGGACCCUUACAGAUAUAUUGGCAUGAACGAAACCACAGUUGACGUGAAGCAGCUUCAUGAUUUUAUGAUGGGAAAAACGACUUCGAGUGAAUAUCAAAAGUUAAGACCAGACAUCCGUGACACCGUCAUCGCUACUUGGAAGGCGGAAAAGGUAUGGCUACGUAAUAAAACUGAUCUUACUGAAUACUUGGUUUGGCGAUACGUUGGAACAGCCAAUGGAGUUUUUAGAGUGACUCCUGGUGCUGUGGAGCAACAAAGCUAUGACCCCAGAAAUAGGCCUUGGUAAGUGUGUAUACUUACUUGUCGGUCGGUGCACGGUCACGUUAUUACCAAAUUUUCUGGGAUGGGUAGAUUUACUUAGCUAUGGGGCUCCGAAGCGCGCUUGGAGCUCCGUUAAUAAUAAUAAUAAUAAUAAUAAUAAUAAUAAUAAUAAUAAUAAUAAUAAUAAUGAUAAUAAUAUCAAAGCAGCAAACACUUGGGCUGUGUCGCUCAUGAGGUAUGGAGCAGGAACAAUUAAAUGGAAUGAGGGGGAACUUCAGGAAAUAGAUAGGAAAUCUACAAAAAUCAAGACAAUGAAUAAGGAGCUACACGCUAGAAGUGAUGUUCCCAGAAUAUACGUACCCAGAAAGAAGGGAGGAAUAGGCUUGAUCAGUUGUGAGAGCUGCGUGAGGAGAGAAGAGAACAACUUGAGUUGGUAUGUGAGAAAUAGUGAAGAGGCAUUACUCAGGAAAGUUGGAGAUAGCAAUGUAGUCAACAUCUCAGAGGCUGUGGAUCCAAAGGAGUACAAAGUGGAUGAAGUAAAGGAGACGGAGAAUGAAUGGAAGCAGAAAAGAUUGCAUGGGCAGUAUGUGAGAGAAAAGGAAGGUAUUGACUGGGAUAGAACUUGGCAGUGGAUUGCAAAAGGGAGGUUUGAAAGGAUGUACUGAGGCCCUGAUAUGUAGCGCCCAGGAACAAGCUUUGAGAACAAAUUAUACGAGAUUUUAUAUUGAUCAAACAGCGGAAUCCCCUUUGUGCAGAAUGUGCGGAAGUAAGGGAGAAACGGUGGCCGAUGUGGUAGGUGAGUGCGGUAAGCUGACGCAGACAGAAUAUAAAGGAAGGCAUGAAAACAUGGCAGGGUAUAUUCACUGGCAACUUUGCGGUAAAUGCGGAUUGGAAAGAGCUAAUAGCUGGUACGAAAAGAGGCCGGAGGGGGUGGUGGAAAGUGCAUGAAAACUUCAAGAUACUGUGGGAUUCCACAGUCCAGUGUGAUCGGAAACACAGGUUGAAAAAAGGCGUUUCCGUUUCCGUUUUUGUAACGGCUACCUCACUGAAACCUGAAUAUCCGCAGACGGAAUUGUAACUAACCGUUGCGGGAAACACGUGUAUACGUCAUGUUUCAGUUUCUGCGGAGACGCUUAAACGCAUCCCUUAUACUCGCGUUUCCGUCAGGUUUACUCUUGCGGAAACGUUAACUGCCGUCAUGUUUCCGCAGCUCGUAAAUUCAGAGGAUACUUAAUUAUCCGUUGAGUUUCCGGAACAAUGAAUGCGGAAACUCAGUUUGACCGGUUUACUUUCUGCAGCCUUCAUCUUUCCACAGAUUUCACUUUCGGUGGAUUAUUCACUGGAUUUCCUAAAUGUAUUAACUCUACUUAACCACCCAGUUUUGAAUCAUAUGUUCAUUCUAUCCGGUAUAUAAAAAAGUGGACGUUUGUGAGACAACACUGGACCGUUUCAUGCAUCCACAAUGACCCAUUUUCGCUGAUACACACAAAUCAAGCUGAGUCAUAUUUAGGUGCAUUUUUGGUAUUAAAGUUUUUAUUAAAAUAAUUCUCUCUCCAUUUUCAUAUAAUAUGUACAUACGUAUAUUAAAUAUUUUCACAAUAAAAAGAGACUCCUUACAAUGUAUUCCUAUUUUCUAUAUCCAAAACUGUAACUUUUCCAUUUCAAUAGGCCACUUCCGAGUUCCAAAAACCACCACUACCAAAAUGAGGCGAGGUGCGCAACCUUUCUUGUGAAAAUGAGGUUUAUUUGCAUGAGAAUGAAAAAUGAUUUCCAUAUCAAAGGCUGAGCACUUAACCUCGUUUUGAAACAUGAAACAGAGGCCCGGGGGAACUCGAAAAUGGCCUAUUAAAUAAUCCUUUUAGAAUUGACCAAAUUCAAAAUUUUUUCCUUGAAAUGAUUAGAUUAACAUAAUAAUUAUACAGUCUAACCUCUUCUUAUGGACACUUCUAUACGACGGACAGUUCGUUUGGUCCCAGUAAAGCCAAAAAUCAUGCAAUCCCUACCUCUAUAAUAUAGACACCUCUGUAAAGGGGACACUUGGUUCUGUCCCCUUAGUGUCCGUAUUAAAGAGGUUUGACGUUAUUAUAAGUAACGUGCAUUUCCAUUCCAAAAUAACUCCAAGAAGUAGUUCACGACAAAAUUGUUGCAUAAUUUAAUAAGAACAAUAUUACAAAUAAAGUCUUACUUAGUUACAUGUAAGACUGCAGAAAAUCCCAUUAGGAAAUCUAAACUGCUGCCUUAAUUCUUAUUAGCAAGUACCAGUACUUGGUGGAUCAUCCCCAAAAAUUAUUGUUAAAGCCUAUACAAACUGAUGAGAGGCCAUUAUUGGGGAGUAUCAGACUGAUGCUGCAAAGACGAUAGGAUGCAAACAAAACUAGCCAUUGGCUUUAUAUACAAAUGUAUAAGCUAACAUCUCUACACAUGUAUCUCACUUUUUGUCGCCACUCUGUUGUAAGUGCAUGGCUACAAGUGGCAUACAAAGUAGUCUACGAGAAUUUGCCUACAUUUGAGUUUGAAUAAUAAUGACAAACUGGACACUUUUAACAAGCGACUCACUUACACAAUGCAUUUAUCUUACACUCCCUGUUUUAUAGUAUUCAUUGACUGUCCUGUAAUUUCAGCAAUUAAUGAACACAGUCGAGUAAAGAUUGUCUUUUAGAAUAAAACUCUUAUCUCCUUUCCAAUAAGAUUGUGCAAUUUAGUUAGAGUUGAUCAUCACAGGAUCAUCCUGACUGAAGAAGGCACAUUAAUCUAUUAGGGACUUUAAGCCGAUUGCUACAGUGACCUCUACUAUGGUAGUCGUGGUUGCAGUCCUGAAGAGAGUAUGUCACUUUCAACUUUAUGCAAGUGGCACCCAAAAGUCACUACAGGGCAUUUGGCUUAUUUGGUUUCGUUGUUAGUAAAACGCAGGGAAGACUGAAUUACUACCCAAGGAACUAGAAGUGUCAAAUACUUUCUUGAUUAAGAGAAAAAAAAAUGAUAUGUUUUAAACCAGUGAAAAAUAGGGGAAAAGUAGAAUUUUAUACUCAUGUAGAAGCGACUAUGCCAUCACAUUUUGUGCUUCGGCUAAAGGUCAUUAUUUUUCUGGACAUCAUGCGCACGGCGUCAUUUUUGGACUUUUUACUCCCAGUUGCCAUAGUAGCGAUCACCGCAGCAAUUUGUUACUUUGGUUUUAUUGGCAUCCUGCCCAUGAAGGGCAGUUAUUUGGUACUGGUCUGUCUGACAAGUAUUUAUCAACCUCUCUGGUUAUUUUCCCGGCUGUUUUUUCUUUGCCUCUUUAACAUGCGAGCCUCACAAAAGGUGUCAAGAACAGUAUUGAUGUUUCUUAGCUUUGACCUCUCUGAGCAUAGUGGCCUGAUGUACGGGGUGCUGGAUCACUGGCCCUCUCUUCAUUGUCUUCACUCUCCUCCAAAGACAUAAAUUGGAUAGCAUUGUGUAGGUCUAAUAAAGCCUUUAUUUUGGCUUUGUCAUCCAGAGAAAGCUGUGCCUUGUCCAACAUGUCUGUGCGAUUCGUCAAUUCCUGAACACCAAAAAAACUUAUUUAGUAACAGUGGCAUGACUACUGUGAGAAAGAUUUAAUUAACAUUUACCUUGUUCUUCAGCAACAGUUUAGUCUGGCAAAAUAGUCACCCUAACUAUUUUGAAUCGUUAGAUUUGGUUCUUGCUCUCCACUCUGAGCAAUUUACACUACAAUCAAACCUUGCAUAUAAAUGGAAAGGACACUGUUAACAUUAAAAAUGUCAAAGGGGGUAGGGUGUGGCACUCGUGCAUUCUAUAACAAUCAUAAAUUAUGUAUGCAUAAGACAAACAUGCAAAACAUGUGUUGUGUUGUUAAAAAAUGAAAGAGCCUUGUGCCCUUAACCUGAAAGAUCCAGGUACCCAGGAUGAAUGUGUUUGAACAAACUAAGACUUCCUUGUCUCCCAAGAGCAACAGUAAUGCAACAGGGGCCAACAGGCACUGCCAUAAGCACAGCUCUGUUACAGGACAGGCUAAGUAAAUCACCAAGUGGAUGACUUAAACUACACAGUAGAAAUAUUUGCACUGCAAGCAUUAACAAAAUAAUGUACAUGUAUUUUACCUACCUUUUUAGCUCUCAAAUUGGAAUCUUGUCUGAACUCUGUGUUCUUCAAGUUUUCCAUUUUACCGCCUUACUAGGUCUGCGCGGGUACUUCUCUUACUCCAGUACUGAAAAAUGGCCCCUAGCAAAAGGAAAGCAUGUUAAAUUUGCAGGUCUGUAGAAAAGGAAUUAAGAGUGCUUCUUGGUGUUGCUAAAAGUAUUGUUGGUUUGCUCUUGUUUUUGGUGUGGGUAUUAUUAAGUGGCUUUUCAAUCUUUUGUAUUUAUGUCAUUAGGGGAUUUCACUUGUCGGCAACACGAAGAAACUACAGUGGAACCCUGUUAACAUGGUCAUCAAUGGGCCAAAAAAGUUUUGCCGUAUUAAUGGGUGAUGGUAUUUUUGAGGGUUUGUUUACAAGAAAAUGAAUGGUGGUUUUUGCCAGGUGGCCAAAAAAAAGUGGCUGUAAUAACAAGGUGACUGUAUUACCGAGGUGGCCGUAAGGUGGGGUUUCACUGUACCAAAUACAAGAAACUUAGAAAAGUGUACAACUUACCUUUUUUCUCUGUUUUGGGCCAUUUCUUUUACCCAAAAUUUCCCCUGACUUCAUUAACCAAAAUACCCUCAAUGUUUUUGUUCUCCGCAUCAGUAUACCUCAAAGAAAUAAAGACCAAAAACAAUGUCAAAUAUUUAUAUCAAAAUAAUACUACACGUAUUACAUGACUGUAUUGUAACAGCCUGGUUCUAAAAAAACUAGAGAGCUUAAAAUGAGGCAGUUUUCUGGUAGUGCAUUACAACAAAAAAUAUUUAAAAAAUGAAGGUUGCUUUUAUCAUCGAAUAAAGCCAUUAUCCAAGUGCUUGAGGCACAAAACAAAAUUAAAGUGUAACAAUAUAAAAACACUCUGUAAUCGUCAAGCUGAUCUCCUUAUGGCAUUUGUAAAAAUUGAAAGUAUCAUUAACACAAGCACCAUUUUGUCCACUCAAAGAAGGAUAAAUAGAAUAAUUGCAACUUCCCACUCAAAGAUGGGCAUCUUUCUUGAGUCAAUGAAGGUUGCUUUGUCAUCAAAUAAAGCUGUUAUCCUUGUUUUCGAAGCUUAACAACAAAUUGAGGUGUAAAGAAAUUAUAUUCCUGACUAAUAUUCUUGUUUAUCUCCUGGUGACUGUUGCAACAUUUGAAAUAUCAUUGACACAAGCACUACUUUGUCCACUCAAAGAUGGAUAAAUAGAAUUGCGACUUCCCACUCAAAGAUGGGCGUCUUACUUGUGUCAAUGAAGGUUGCUUUGUCAUCGAAUAAAGCUGUUAGAUAUAUCCCUGUGUUCGAAACUUAAGAACAAAUUGAAGUGUAGGGAAAUUAUAUUUCUUAAAAAUAUUCUUGUUUAUCUCCUGGUGACUGUUGCAACAUAUUUUGAAAUAUCAUUGACACAAGCACUACUUGGUCCACUCAAAGAUGGAUAAAUAGAAUUGCGACUUCCCACUCAAAGAUGGGCGUCUUACUUGUGUCAAUGAAGGUUGCCUUGUCAUCGAAUAAAGUUGUUAUCCUUGUGUUCGAAGCUUAACGACAAAUUGAAGUGUAAGGAAAUUAUAUUCUUGACUAAUAUUCUUGUUUAUCUCCUGGUGACUGUUGCAACAUUUGAAGUAUCAUUGACACAAGCACUACUUUGUCCAUUCAAAGAUGGAUAAAAAAAAUUGCGACUUCCCACUCAAAGAUGGGCGUCUUACUUGUGUCAAUGAAGGUUACUUUGUCAUCGAAUAAACCUGCUAUCCUUGUGCUCUAAGCUUAACGACAAAUUGAAGUGUAAGGAAAUUAUAUUCUUGACUAAUAUUCUUGUUUGUCUCCCGGUGACUGUUGCAACAUUUGAAGUAUCAUUGACACAAGCACUACUUUGUCCACUCAAAGAUGGAUAAAUAGAAUUGCGACUUCCCACUCAAAGAUGGGUGUCUUACUUGUGUCAAUGAAGGUUGCUUUGUCAUCAAAUAAAGCUGUUAUCCUUGUGUUCGAAGCUUAACCACAAAUUGAAGUGAACGCGCAUUACAUUCCUGAAUAAUAUUCUUGUUUAUCUCCUGGUGACUGUUGCAACAUUUGAAAUAUCAUUGACACAAGCGCUACUUUGUCCACUCAAAGAUGGAUAAAUAGAAUUGCGACUUCCCACUCAAAGAUGGGCGUCUUACUUGUGUCAAUGAAGGUUGCUUUGUCAUCGAAUAAAGCUGUUAUUCUUGUGUUCAAAGUUUAAUGACAAAUUGAAGUGUACGGGAAUUAUAUUCCUGACUAAUAUUCUUGUUUAUUUGCUGGUGACUGUUGCAACAUUUGAAAUAUCAUUGACACAAGCACUACUUUGUCCACCCAAAGAUGGAUAAAUAGAAUUGCGACUUCCCACUCAAAGAUGGGCGUCUUACUUGUGUCAAUGAAGGUUGCUUUGUCAUCGAAUAAAGCUGCUAUCCUUGUGUUCGAAGCUUAAAGGGGCUAUGUCAGCUGGAGAGCAUGCGCUCUGAGGUUAUGCAAAUUACUUUCAACUGUCAAAAUUCUAUUGUUUUUAACGCGUGACUUUCUCCAUGUGCGCUGUGAGGUUAUGCAAAUUACUUUCAACUGUCAAAAUUCUAUUGUUUUUAACGCGUGACUUUCUUCAUGUUCUCCGUCACGUCCAAGGUUCCGAAUUUAGAGAGGUUUAGCGAAAUGGGUUUAGAUAAGGGAUAUUUCGAUAGAAUUUAUGGAACGUUUCUUCUCUGGUUAUGCUAGAUCAAGAAUAAAAUUGCGACGACAAUUUUACUUGUAGUUUUGAAGUAAAAACGCAUGCCAUUCAUAAAAUAGAGCGCAAGCAAAAAUUCAACAACAACAUAUUGUCUUAUUCAACAAAAUAAAUGGAAGUUGUAUUUUACAAACGAGCUACAAAAGACGCUAGACCGAAGAUAAAGACCAAGACUGUUUCAAAUCAUUAACAAUUAGACUUGUCUGUCGCUAUUGAUUUUAUAAUUUGGAUGCUGAUAGAACAAGAGACCAAGUCUUUGCUUUGAUCUUAGGGAAACAUACAUUAUCGCGCAAAAUUGUUCGAUCGUGCCGAAUCACUGCGACGUCGAGAAAAACAGAACCCAGCAUCAUUGGUAUACUACUCCACUAUAAGCAGUCCGUUGAUAAAAAGGGAAAGCAAACUCUGCUAUUUUCCAAAAUUAUGCUCCAACACAAACAGUUCAAAAACAUGGCAUUUACAGGAUCUAACUCGUACUAAGGUGCCUCUCUAAGUCCGUUGAGAACAAUCUGGACGAGCAAACGGUCGUGUUUAUCUUUGCCGUGAAUCGAGAUAAAUACAAGAAGGAAUCUAGCCGAAUUUUAGAAUGUUUCCUUCGCCAGGAGUUUAGUUUCGUCACGAAACUCAUGGCCUGAUGCUCUUGUAAUCGUUUACAAAAAACGGCCGCCGCCAACUCGAUAGCCGCUUCAUUAUAUGUCCACAUACUUUGAGCACAAGAAAAAUCCAAGAGCCAGCAGCCUCUAAAAUAACUCAAUAGAAAGGCCCUGUGAACUAUAGGGAAGAUUCCAUCAAAGAUUCCAUCACUCAUUGUGGAGUAGCCGUCAUUAACUCUGCCAUUACAACGGCCGCUGAUAAGAGGACACAGUAAAUCCACGUAAAAACAUUCCACAGGCAAACAAUUUUAAAAUAACGCCAAAAAACUGUUCUGUAAUCACCAUAGAAUGAUUCUUAAUACAAAACUUCGCUAACUAUCGAACGAUGGCUGAGAUUUAGACAGAUAAAAACAGCCUUCCAAAAUCUCCGACACAACUUGAAAAAGUUGGGCUGUCUUUUUCAAGUUUGUUUUCAUUGGCUCGCGCAUGCGUGUUGGGUGACAUAGCCCCUUUAACGAUAAAUUGAAGUGUAAGGAAAUUAUAUUCCUGAAAAAUCUUCUUGUUUAUCUCCUGGUGACUGUUGGAACAUUUGAAAUAUCAUUGACACAAGCACUACUUUGUCCACUCAAAGAUGGAUAAAUAGAAUUGCGACUUCCCACUCAAAGAUGUUCGUCUUACUUGUGUCAAUGAAGGUUGCUUUGUCAUCGAAUAAAGUUGUUAUUCUUGUGUUCAAAGUUUAAUGACAAAUUGGAAUGUAAGGAAAUGCACAUUGUAUGCAAAAAAUUAAUAUGAACAUUAAAUAUUAUUUUUGUACAGGGUUAUCCUUGUGAUAAACAUCUACAGUCGCAGAAAUUGGGGUGGAAAUGUUUUGUACCUUUCAGUGUUAAGGAAUUUAAAUAAUGUUUUUCUGUCCUUGCUAUUUGAUUCCGUACCCCGUUCCGUGAUUCCGUUUCCUCAAUCGAGUUUCAAUAUUUUACGGGUGCCAUCUUCGCCAUUAAAAUGUGCAUUAGUAUACAGAAAAUUUUUUUUUCGGUGAAGCAGCAACUAUGUCUUUAUUUUAAAAGAAAUCAGAGAAAGACGUGCUUUACAGGCAUAUGUUCUCAAAGAAACUACGGGCUACAUACAAAGGUCAGAUCUGUACUGUAGGAAGCAACUCGCUGCCGCAUGAAGCUCACAUGUGAAACGAUUUUUAUGAUCGACAUCGAUGAAAUGCUCCCAAAGCUAUUACAUAGACUUAAAUAUGCUUCUAUAUAUUUAAACAAUAUUCAGAGUGUACUUACGAAACAACAAGGAUCCACAGUUUAAAAUCGGCGUUCUUUCUUCUCAAUGGUUGUUGAAACACUCAGUGUGCAUUCGAGUCGCCAAGAGUGAACACUGAACUCCUUCAUCACCGCUUCCAUGGGAUUUGGCGUUUCAUGUAAAUAGUUUUUCGAACUAUUAUUCCUCCCUGCAGUCUAUCUCCGCAAUCUAUCACACUCUCCUCGCUCAUCUUCACAAAAAAACGGUCCUGCAUGUACAAACCACCAAAAUGGAAGGCGAACCGACAGCGAAGAAUGUUCAAAAAGGCGCGCGAUUCAAAAUUCAACCUGAAAACGAGGCACCCAUGCUCGUAAGACACACGCCUCCAGAGCUAGGCUAAAUGCGUGCAAGCGUGUUAAUAAAUCAUUUAUAAUUUAUUUUGCUGUUUCUAAAUUGUUUCCAAUUACGCUUCAAUGUUUGGAGCGCCAGUAAUUUUAAUAAUACAUCUUUGAAUCUCUUAAAAAAGAAGACAGAGAGAAUCAUCUAUCACUUUUCCAGUAUUUACGACGUGUAGGUUAGAGCAGGCGAUUAUCUCUGUUCUUUCGGAUAUUUUAGGUCAAUGCAAUGAUUACGUCAAUGAUUCCUCAUCUUUCCUGAAGCGUAAUCAGUACAGUUAAAACAAAUUUUAUGAUAUGAGAAACCUGGGUUUGAUCAUGAAAACCAGCAAAUUUCAGUAACAAAACCGCUUGCGAAAACGCAAUGGAAACGAGCUGACACGUUUAAGUCAACGGAAGCGCUGCGGAAACACGAAACAAUGCCUCCAUUUUCAUCCUACACGUUUCCCGUCGAAACCGUCGCGCGGAAAAGCAAUGGAAUUUUGAACCAUCGGGUUUCCGCAACAUUUCCGAAUUGCGGAAACACCUUUUUUCACCCUGUGAAAAUUGAAGCAAGAAAACCAGGCAUUGUCUUUAUUGAUAAGAAGGAGAGAGUGGUUAUCAUAACUGAUCUUGCCAUCCCAGGUGAUGACAGGGUGAAAGGUAAGGAACUUCAGAAGUUAGAGAAAUACCAACUAUUGAAAGAUGAGAUUGCAAAAGUCUGGCGCAUGCGAAAAGUUAUUGUAGUGCAUGUUGUCAUUAGGGCCCUUUGAGCAGUAUCAGUCAACUUUAAGGAGACAUGAAGCGAAUCGGCGUGAACGUGUGGUUGAAAGUUAUCCAGAAAACAGCAUUGUUGUGGACAGCAAAGAUACUAAGGAAAGUACUGUCUCUGUACGAAGAACGAAAAGAGAGAACUGGGACCCGUUGUGACUUGUUGUAACCCGCUCCCAAGGACUAUAAACCAGGCCGAACAUCCUGCCUGAGUCUACAAGAAACGGACACAAUAAUAAAACCGCGUAAUGUUGACGCAUAAUCGUUCGAGCGCGCGCUAGUUUGGUCAGGCCCGUAAGAUGUUAGGGUUUGCAAAACACGCGUUUCUAGUUUGAGAGAUAUUAUUUUUUUCCCCUGCAGGUAUCACGCUGCGGUAAGUCACUCAGGCUACCUUACUCUGACAACUCCGUAUCUGGAUAUGGGAGGAACUGGGGAAGUUAUUACCGCUGCUCGUUCUUUGUAUCGCGGAGAGUCUAGUGAUAAUGUUCUUGGAUUAAUGGGAACUGAUUUUCCUUUGAGACACUUUUACAGGUAUACGAUGGUGUAAGUGUAGAAUACUUUGUGAAACUGCUUUCAUGGGGCUAGCUUUUUGUUUCAAACUUUGAUAUGUAUUACAUUGUACAUGUCAGUGCUGAAAUCCCAGAAAUAUACUUUUGCUGACCUUUGUUCAUAUAAUCAGGUUUUUAACAUUUAUUCAAAAUUUUUCUCCGUUAAGUUUCUGAUUGGCUCAAAUCCCCCGACUGAUUCUUCACAAACAGCGCUAUAGAUGGCGUUGACCAAUUUUGAAAGAUUUUUCCGGAUAUCAAAGAAACUGACAUCAAUUGUACUGAUAUGAACAGAAAAGAGGACAGCGAAGGGGGCGGUAGCUCAGCUGUUUUGAUAGUGCUGGAGAAAAUAGUGGAACUCACCUGAAGCGAAGAUAACGAAAGGAGGCGUCUCACCUCCGGUACCCAUUUAUACACAUGGAUAAAUUGAGGCACGGUCAGAGUAAAACUGUUGCCAAAGAAAACAACGUAAUGACCCGGCAGGGCUGAAAAUCCGCAUCUCAUAAUCUGCAUUUGGGGUCCAUGGAAUAAACUAUUAAGCAACUGCACCUCCCGUUAAUUCAAGGCAUUUUAAUUACAUCUUUCAGGCUACUUACAACGGUUUAUCCCAAGUGCGCAGAAUCACAGCCGUACUCAUGUUUCAUUAUGGAUCAGUCUGGCUUCCUCGUAAUGCACCCGGAUUUCAUGUUGCCCUCAGCUGAAGCUAUCGAUGUAGAGCACGUUCACAUCACCCAAAAGGAAAAGAGCAUCGCAACUGAUUUAAUUAGUCAUGGCUACUUAGUAAAGAGGAGGUGUCGAAAUGUGGAAAGUAUAAGAGAGCAGAGCUUUUAUGAACUUCAUUUGCCUCCGGAGGGAUUCAGUACAUUACAGUCAAACCAGGGAUGCAAAUAUGAGCUUAGUCAAAUACCUGGAACAAACGUCUACUUGGGUUAGACAACUGAUAUGUUCUUAGUAAUACACAAUAUUUUUGUGCCAAUUGCUCGUUAUAGGAAUGUAGCACCUAUUUGUAAAAGAAAUGGGGUGGGGGAGGGGUAAUAUUUCACGCACCUGAGUCAAUUAUAACAAGUAUUCAGCGCUCGUGCGAAGCUCGAUCAGUUUUUUAGGUAAAAUAUAGCAAAGAUAUGAUUAAAGCACCUCACUGUCUCAUGCAUAAAUUGCUUUAACUCUUCCAACUAAAAGUUAUGGUUACUUUAGCAAAUUUAAAGGAUAGAUUUCAGGAAAAAUUUAGUACAGUUGUACAAGGGUAAGAUUUAAAAACGUCAAGCGACCUUUUCAAAAUGCCGUUCAUUACCAUCAUUAUAUGAGAAGACAUGCUUGGAUGCGCUGCAGCGGAAUAGACGCUUAAUCAAACUUGGUAAAAAAAAGAAGAAAGACGAAAAAGUGACCUUCGGAUCUACAAAAAGCUUGCUAAAACAUUAUAAGAGAAGAUAGUGUAGGCACUUAAGCUGCAGAAAUGAUAAAGGGCUCCGCUUUUUCCCCAAAAGUUGGUUGAUCACACCGGACUAGUCUUAAAAGGACUCAUUUUCUUGGUCCAUCUUUCAACAAAAUAGUGCCGGAUGCAAGUUAUGUUUACGUCCUUUACAAAACCUUGUAGAAUUAUACUCGAUUAAGCUUUGAUGAUUUAAAACUUUUAGACAUAAAAACGGAUCCAACAACAUCUAAACAUGUAUAUCCUAGAUAUUUUAACGGGCUUUGAUAGGGCUUUGUCAUGCAUGGUGAGAGCCAUACUGUUUGUCAAAGUAGUUGAAAUUAUAUCUUUAAGUAUUAUUGUUCAUCUUUUCUCGUACAUGAAAUUUUUAAAGACCGAUACCAAAUGAUUCUAUCAAAGCAAUGAUCUCUUUCCAUCUUGGCCGUUUCAAGAUAAAGAUAUGCACUUUAUAGUUGAAGUAUGAGUGGCAGAGUGGUUCAGCCAUUGAACUAUUACUUCAGAAUUUUCUUUAAUUCCAAGGUGCCUUUAGGGUAUUUAAGUAACCAAAAAAAACACAUCGUGAUAUAGUUCCCUUUAUAUGUAGUUAAGUAAGGUCAACUUGGCUUCCCUCUCUGUACAGGUGUUGUCGCGCGAGAUUCCCUCUGUGUUAUAUCGUCCUGCUCGUGCUCUUCAGAUAAUGAAUGCUCCACAUUGACUGAUUUGAAGUGUGAAUGUCCCCGUACCUCCGCUCUGGAAUUUUUUUAUUGUCAAAGUCAGUUUCCAAACAGCAGGUUAGUCAACAUAAUCCAAAGUCAUUUUGUAUUAAGCCAAAAUGCAGCUUUAAAAGCUCUUUUCAAUAGCAUGCGACUUGGAGUCAAAAAAUUAACCAACGGUUGUAAUCUUUGCUUUCUUCAAUCAAAAUUACGACGAAGUGAAACAAUCAAAAUGGAACUAAAUUCACCAACCACAACAUAAAGACGCGAACUGAAAAUCGGAUGUUUCCUGAAAGGUCUUUUUCGGUUAUUCAAACGAAAAACUUGAAUGUUGGUUAAUUUUUUUGCUUUAGGGGUCGCAUAUCAUUAUCAUGAAGUUCAUCAUUUACAUAGUGAUCAUUCACUAUUUGUAAAAGGAACCAAUAGAUCUUUACGAUAUUAAACCUUCAUCGAACCAAUAAAGUACUGGUAAAAUAUGGUACAUUACCUAAUAGGGGCUGUGUCGCACUAUUUGCUAUCUCUUUGAAAAGUUAAAAAGUGUCUUCUCAUCAAUUGAAUUCUAAAUAUAAUGGUCCAGUUUUGUGAUUUAGGACAAUAUUUAGGCAUUAAAACUGUUUCUUGUUGUCAGUUGCUGAGGAGGGAAUUAAGGAUGGACAGGGAUUGAAACUUGAAAAAGUUGGGCUAAGCUUUUGAAGACCAAAUGCCUUGCGUGCAAAAAUCACUGAAAAAAAUUAUGGCUAGUGCUCCCUGAUUCAGUUUUAUAUCUUCUUCAAAACUCUACAGGAGCAUUUUAUUUAUGGGUAAAGGCACUAGUAAUAACUUCAGCACAGAUUUGACCUAAAACACGAUAUAGCAAUAUAACAACAUAGUCUCUUACAUUAUUUGCCCUUAUAUAUGGCCAAUAGGAGCAACUUUCUACUAAAGUAGGAAAAUUCCCUAUAAUAGGCCCUUUGCAUGAGUUGAUCACGUGAUCAACUUUCGGUAUACACGAAAACACUUCAUUUUUGAAGUAUUUCUCAGGACAGAGUGAAAGAGCAUAUUAAAAUUAGGUAACCUGAGAAUUUUCAGCCGUAUAUCUCAAAAGUAGCGAUUGCAACGCCCGCCGAAAGUUAUGAGCAUUUGUAAGAGAAAAACAACUUUUGCCACGCAGUCACGCUUGCAUGAAAUAUUUCCUUAAGAAUUACGGGGCUCAAAUCUCCUUUCAAUUCAUAACAGCCCUUAAAUGCGUAAGGGAAAGAUUUAAGGACAGUUUAUAAAUUUUAGAAUUUACAAGGAUUUGUCAGUGAAAAACCACUAAAACGUGACUAGGUGGCAAGAGUUCUUUUUCUCAUACAAAUCCUAAUUUUCGGGCAGCAGUGCAAUUGCUACUUUUGACAUACAUGGCUUAAUAUGCUCUUUGAGCUCGUGCUACUAAAAUGGUUCAAAAGCGAACCGUUUUCGCGUUUACCGAAAGUUGAUCACGUGGUCAACUCAUGUAAAGGGCCUAUUAGCUGCAACAAACACUAAGAAUUUCAGUUAGGAACAGAAGAGGCUGUCAAACUCACAAGAUUUUAGGUUAAUUACGCAGGAACAGUUAAUGAUUUUUAGUUAUGAACAAGGCUGUGCCCAUCAUUUGCACCUUCAGGACAACCUAACAAUAAUCCUUUAAAUCCCAAAACGAUUUGUCUUAACAAAUGCUUUGAUCCCCAUUGUGAGAGGAGAAACAGUUCCCAUUGGUGUGAUGGGUUAGUUAGUUGUUAUUGGUGCCAGAAGGACAAGAACGGCAUAAAACUGGAAAAGCCCUAG